AUGGCUGAAAACGAUUUAAACCCUCCUCCAGCCGCUGCACCGCCUCAGGAGCCUCCUGUACCUGCCGACUCCAUUGCCAGCACCGAAGAGCUGCCUCCGUCACUCCCAUCGGAGAAUGAUGCGAAAGCUGAGGAUGUGGUUGAAGAGAAGGUAAAAGCGGAGGAGGUGGUUCUGAUUGAAGAGAAAGUAAAAGGUGUCGAGGAGGCGGUUGUGGUUGAAGAGAAGGAGAAGGAGAAAGAGAAAGAGGAAGCAGAAGAGGUUAUAGCCGGAGAGACGGUGGGCGAGUCGUUGAAGGAGGAGAGCAAUAGGGUUUCUGAUUCGGAGAGAAAGGGCGUGGAAGAGCUGAAGAAGGCGCUGAGAGAAGAGUUGGAGGAGAAGGAGGAAGGCGAGGUAUCCAUCUGGGGCGUCCCUCUCUUGAAGGACAACAGAACCGACGUCAUUCUUCUAAAGUUUCUCAGAGCGCGGGACUUGAGAGUGAAGGACGCUCUUGUGAUGAUUCACAACACUCUGCGAUGGAGGAAGGAGUUCGGCAUCGAGGCGCUUUUGGAGGAAGAUCUCGGAGAGGAGUUGGAGAAGGUGGUUUUCAUGCACGGACACGGAAGAGAGGGGCACCCCGUCUGUUACAACGUCUACGGAGAGUUCCAGAACAAGGAGCUGUACCAGAAGGCCUUCUCCACCGAGGAGAACCGCACCAAGUUUCUCCGAUGGCGGAUUCAGCUGUUGGAACGCAGCAUCAGGAACCUUGACUUCUCUCCCGGAGGCAUCAACACCAUUUUCCAAGUCAAUGACCUCAAAAACUCUCCUGGCCCUGCAAAACGGGAACUUCGCCUUGCCACCAAACAGGCUUUGCAGUUGCUUCAGGACAACUAUCCCGAAUUUGUCGCCAAACAGGUUUUUAUCAAUGUCCCUUGGUGGUAUCUUGCUUUCUAUACCAUGAUCAAUCCCUUCUUGACUCAGAGGACAAAAAGCAAAUUUAUCUUUGCCGGAACAUCCAAGUCUCCCGACACUCUUUUCAAGUAUAUUUCUCCUGAGCAAGUGCCCGUUCAGUAUGGGGGCCUCAGUGUCGAUUUCUGUGACUGCAACCCCGAUUUCACUAUGUCUGAUCCUGUCACCGAAAUUCCUUUGAAGCCAACCACUAAGCAAACUGUCGAGAUUGCUAUCUAUGAGAAAUGCAUUAUUGUUUGGGAGCUGCGGGUGGUGGGCUGGGAGGUUAGCUAUAAUGCUGAAUUCAAGCCUGAUGCUAAAGAUGCCUAUACAGUCGUCAUUCAGAAGACCACUAAGAUGACCCCCACCGAUGAACCAGUAGUUUCCAAUAGCUUCAAAGUUGGUGAACUGGGAAAAUUGUUACUCACUAUUGACAAUCCUACCUUGAAAAAGAAGAGGCUUCUUUACAGGUUCAUGAUCAAACCCUACUGUGAUUGA